AUGCCCUCUACAGGCCACUCUUCUCGCCCUCCUACUCGAGGCCUUAUUGCAGGGGCAACGACGGCCGUGUCCAUGACCGAUGUCAACGCUUACAACCGGCCCGACGGCUCCAAGGAGCUGCGCGUCAGUGCUUCUCGUACACCUUCCAGCCAUUCCAUUCGGCCCUCCACCAGCAACAAAACCAGUGAUGUGGGAGAAGACAGCUCCAGCGUCAGAAGCUAUGCACCCAUAGGCCGAUAUAUCCAAGAUACAGAAAGCAUAUUUGAGGGAGGCCUCCAAGAGGAACAAACCCUUUCUGCAUCGGUCAGCAGCUCCCAAGGAUUGUUCGAGGCAGAGUCGGACAGCCUGUACGACGAAGGUGACGUCGAUUUUGAUAACGAGUUUGAAGAGGUAGACGAGAAGAUUGUGGGUGAAGAGGCAGCCCAAAAGCUCUGGACGUCCAAGCGCAAGCACUUCAUCAUCCUAUCUGCAGCCGGUAAGCCUAUUUAUACUAGGCAUGGAUCCGACGCGGUCAUCUCGAGUUAUGUUGGUAUCAUUCAGGCUAUCAUCUCCUCGUAUUCCGAUGCGGGUGACCAGCUGGGAAGUUUCCAGGCAGAUGGCGUUUUGUUUGUCGUCCUCUCACAGACAAAUCUGUUUCUCGUAGGAAUCACAAACCUUCCGGAGAGCGAGGCACAGGUCCGAGGUCAGCUUGAAGCUCUUUAUAUGCAGAUCUUGUCGACUCUGACCUUACCGACGUUGACGCAUAUUUUCUCGGUUCGCCCCUCGACCGACCUCAGACGACCCUUGCAAGGCACCGAAGUCCUCCUGUCCUCGCUGGCGGACAGCUUUACGCGAGGCUCACCGUCUGCACUCUUGUCUGCUCUUGAAUGUUUGAAGAUCAGAAAGUCGCACCGCAACAUUAUCAACAGUACGAUGAUCAAAGCUCGGGUGGACGACUUGCUGUACGGUCUUGUGGUUGCUGGAGGGCGACUGGUCAGCGUCAUCCGGCCAAAGAAACACUCUCUGCACCCAAGUGAUCUGCAACUGAUUUUCAACAUGCUCUUCGAAGCUGAGGGAGUCAAGGCUGGUGGAGGAGACUCUUGGAUACCCGUUUGUCUUCCCGGCUUCAACAACACCGGCUAUCUGUACAUGUAUGUCAGUUUCCUCGACAUGGGAGGGGAGCAGGUCCGCGAAAUGGCCCAGAACGAACGUAUCGCCAAAGAGGACUCGGUGGCGAUCAUCCUCCUAAGUGCCAACAGGGAGAGCUUCGAAGACUUGCAAAGCAUGAAGAAUUACCUUGUCCACGAAUUUCACCGGAACAAGAGCAUGCACAUCAUCCAUGCGGCAGUGCAGGCUGGCCGACCCGCACCCACAGACAUCAUCGCCGGCACCGUCCUGAGACAUUUUCUAUACAAAUCAAAGGGCAAUGUGCAGUUUUUCAUGCCGUCUUUCUCGCCAGGCUUCGAGACACUGAAACAACGUCGACGAUUAAUGUCCUUGUAUCACAAUCUUCACGCCAGUGUGCAUGCCAAACACGCCGCGGUCAAGGUCCACCAUAGCGUUGGAGUGUCAGCAACGGCAUUGGCUUGGGUUACGCCCAUGUUUGAACUCUAUUGUGUGGCCGGUCCCUCGGCGUCGAGGAAUGCAUUGGCACAGAGUGCAAACAAGGUUGUGCAAUGGGUGCAGAAAGAGGAGGAGCGGAUUUUUAUUAUUGGUGGUGCGGUAUUCUAA